AUGAUGAUGCAGAUAUGGGUUCCUACAAAUCCAAGAGGAGCUGAAAGAUUACCACCUGGUAUUGUUGAGCCUGAAUCUGAUUUUAACCUUCGGCGUUUGUGGGGCAUGCCAAACGAGGAUUUGACCAUCAAACCGAAGUAUCUGUUAACAUUUACGGUUGGUUUUGGUCAGAAAAAGAAUAUUGAUGCAGCAGUUAAAAAGUUCUCAGAGAACUUCACGGUUCUGUUGUUUCACUAUGAUGGACGAGCAAGUGAUUGGGAAGAUUUAGAGUGGUCGAAGCAGGCAAUCCAUGUGAGUGUCCGCAAGCAAACUAAAUGGUGGUAUGCUAAGCGUUUUCUGCAUCCUGACAUUGUGGCAUCCUAUGACUACAUAUUUGUUUGGGAUGAGGAUCUAGGAGUAGAGCAUUUUAACGCAGAAGAAUAUUUAAAACUUGUGAGAAAACAUGGUUUGGAGAUUUCGCAACCUGGCUUAGAACCAAAUCAAGGGUUAACGUGGCAGAUGACUAAAAGGAGAGGUGACAGUGAAGUUCACAAGGAGACCGAGGAGAAACCCGGUUGGUGCACUCAUCCACAUCUUCCACCAUGUGCAGCUUUUGUUGAAAUCAUGGCAACUGUGUUUUCUCGCGAUGCAUGGCGCUGUGUUUGGCAUUUGAUUCAAAAUGAUUUGGUUCACGGUUGGGGUCUUGAUUUUGCUUUAAGAAGAUGUGUGGAACAACCCGCUCAUGAGAAAAUAGGGGUUGUGGAUUCUCAGUGGAUUGUUCAUCAAAGUAUUCCUUCUCUUGGGAAUCAGGGGAAAGCAGAAGGUGGGAGAGCACCAUGGGAAGGGGUAAGAGAGAGAUGUAAAAAAGAAUGGGACAUUUUUAGGAUCCGGAUGUCUGAUGCUGAGAAUGCCUAUUAUCGUGGAAUGGGGAUUGAUCCGCCAAAUUCAACUCAAGCGUAGGAAAAAGGCUGCAACUAUUCUUUCCCUUUCUACUGGAAGAAAUCAUGUGUAAUGGCACUGGUAAUUGUUUCUCUGGUAGUCUUGGAAUUUGAAUAGUCAGUUUAGGAAAAUUGAUACCACUGGGCAGUCUUUUUUUAAGCUCUAAAAGACUUCCAUGUGAGAGGAGAAUUACGGUCUCUAUUUAUACGAAAGUCUUAAAAAGGUGCUUUGUCAUGUCAGAUGUGUGGAGGAAUCUAUGAAGGCAUGGACAAGCCCUUUAAUUCUCUAUGUUGUCUUCUAAACCAUUUUUCUUUAGAUGUUCUUGGCUCUCAUUUAAUUAAAUUGAACGAUUUUGCA